AAUCGUACUGUUGUGAACCGUACCUGUCCACCGCGCUGGGAAAUCGCGUCUAAUCCCAGAAAAAGACGGCGUAAAAUUGCCGAUCCAUAACUGAAAACAACGCCGCACCGCCAACCGCCUCUCCAUCUCCGAUUAAAGAACCCAAAUUUAUAAACCCUAGUUAAAAUUAAUUCCAAUCAAUUCGUUCUCCAUCCUUUCAAAACAAAAAAAAGUUUAUUUCUUAAUUUUCUAAGUACCGCAAUCAGGGUUUGAUAUUUCCCUUUUUUUCGUUUUUCACAUUUUUGAAGAAAAUACUUAGAGAGGGUAAUUUAGAAUUUUAAUCUGAGGUAGGGGUUUUUAAAGCUUCCAAUGGCGAUUCUAGGCGACGCGCUACGGCAAGCGUUUAUGCCGAAGCACGAGUACGAGAGCCUACGGGAGGAAGAUAAAGCUUGGACGAAGCUACAAAGGCCGAUCUUAAUCGGUUCCAUAGUGAUCAUUUGUGUUGCGAUCUUCGUUUGCAUGAUUAUAAGCUUGAAGAUUGUGUUUCCGGGAGAUGAUUUGAAGCGACCGUUUUGCGAUGACCGGAGACUGCAGCCUUUGCCGUUGAAUCCUAAAGGUGGAGGUGUCGGCGAUCCAGAUCUGUUUCCCGGAGCAUUUUAUUUGACUGAUCAAGAAACCGUAGACUACUAUUGGAUGGUUGUGUUCAUUCCAUCUAUGAUCAUUUUUUUGGCUUCAGCUGCGUAUCUGGUGGCAGGAAUUGUUGUUGCUUAUUCUGCUCCAACUAGGCAUGGAUGUUUAAAGGUGGUUGAAAAUAAUUACUGUGCUUCAAAAAGAGGUGGAGUUCGCUGCUUGUCUAUUUUGAAUGCGGUUUUUGCUCUCAUUUUUGGUCUUCUUGCUUUGUUCUUGGGCUCAAGCCUCCUCACAUUAGGAAGUAGCUGCUCUUUGCCCCUGUUUUGGUGCUACGAGAUUGCUUCAUGGGGGCUGGUGAUUCUAUAUGGAGGAACUGCCAUCUUCCUAAGAAGGAGAGCAGCCAUAAUUCUUGAUGAAGGAGAAUUUGGUAGUCGAACCCUUGGUUUAGAAAUGUUGGAGGCUAACCCCUUGGAAGUCACCCCAGAUGUGGAAAGGCGUGUUAAUGAAGGCUUCAAAGCGUGGAUGGGAUCAUCCCUUCUAUCAUCUGAUGAAGAAGAUGAACCUGAGAGUUAUCACGAAGUGCCUCACGUAACACGUACAAGUUCUAACAGGCAGAGAGUGUGAUUCAUGUAUCUAGUCUCCAGUGUUCACACUUUUUUGGGGAAAUUUUGGAGUGUGGAAGCUCAAGCUUAAGAGCCAUUGAACCAAAUACCAAUAGCUCAUGAGCAGAACAGCUUUUAACUGUAGCAACAAUCAUGAUGUCCGGUUGUCGGGCACAGUAACCGACUUUGAUAGCUUGUGAAAAGUUCACCAGCAAGGGUGAGCUGUUGUCCUUUUGUGUUUUGAGCCCUAGCCAUGAAAGAGCGUUUUAACUAGUCUUUCUUGUAUAGCUUGUUUACUUGCCGGACUAGGUCCUCAAAACUUCAAAAUUCAGUAAUUGAAAGAAAAAAGAAAUCACUCAAAGUUAUUCA